AUUCCCACGGAUCCUUACCAACAGCUCGAUCUGCCUCGCAAGAUUACUUCCAUUGCCAUCGCCUCAAGAGUCUCUUCUCUCGAAUCCGACGCUUCUCGCCUUCGCCAGAAGCUUCUAGAAAAAGACCGACUCAUCCACGACCUUGAAGAUCGUCUCUCUUCUCUUUUCGCGCCUGUCACCAAGCCGACUCCACCUUGAACUCCGCCCUCAACGAAAAUGUUCUCCUUUUAUCACUCUUUCUUUUUUUCUUAAUUCGUAAUUAAAUUAGAGGAAAGGAGUGUAACUAUUCUUGAAUUGAGUGCGGGUUCCACAAGUGUUUGGUAUGGUUCAAGUUGGGAAAAAUAAUAGCUUUUUUGUUUUUUUUCAAAAAUUACUCUUACAAAGAAAUAAGUAGUUAUUUGUUUAUUUGAAAAACAUAAUUAUUUAAAAAGAAAAUCUUUUGCCAAACAUGCGUUUGAUGUUAACUGUCCGUUGUGUGCAGUUUGUUACUUUCAUACCCUCACUGGAUAUAGUCGUUGUCUGUGUGUGUGUGGAAGAGUGGAGAGGGGAUGAACAUGGGGGAACCGUUAUUGUAGAUUGUUGUGUGUCUUGUUUUUCAAUGGAACGAAAAUAUUUUAGUUCUUUUCGAGCAUUCUAGUGUUGAUCAUUAUUGAUUAUAGGCUAGACAGUUUUAAGGAACCAAGAAACGUGAGUGGAAGAGAGGGUGAAUGGGAAGGUUCGUGUUUGUGUGGAAAAUUUUGAAAAUUUAUAAUUUUUGUACAAAUUAGUAAGGUGGUGGUAUUCAAUGGGAGGGAAGUGUUGAGUUGAUGGUAGGUGAUUUUGUGUUCUACUGUUUGGUUUUAGAUAAAGCUUACGAAGGAGAGAGACCAAUUGGCAGCAACAGUGAAAAUGCUAAGCCGAAAUUUUGCAAAGAUGAUGGGUGGCUAUGUAUUUGCUUUCCUUUUGGUGCUUUCUUGGUCUGUGGAGGUAAUUCAUGCAAGUGCUGGUGAUACUGAUCUGCGCUACAGUUUUAUUUCUUGUUUUGGUUUGGAUAUCAGGGGUUGUGUAAGACAAUGUCAGGAAACUGGAUGUGUUGGGCAAAGAUGCUUUCCAAACUGUAAUUUUUCUUCAGAUGGAGAACUAAUUGAUCGCCUGUGGUUCAUGCAAGAACCACUCUAUCUACGAUGGAAAAAAUGGGAUUGUCAAAGUGACUGCAGAUACUACUGCAUGCUUGAUAGAGAGAAAGAAAAGGAGUUACUUAACCUUAGUCCUGUCAAAUAUCAUGGUAAAUGGCCAUUCAGGCGUAUCUAUGGUAUUCAGGAACCUGCUUCUGUGGGUUUCUCAGCUCUCAAUCUUGCAAUGCAUUUUCAUGGUUGGGUCUCCUUUUUCAUUCUUAUAUACUAUAAAUUGCCUCUAAAAGAUGGAAAGAGGCCAUACUAUGAGUAUUCUGGUUUGUGGCAUAUAUAUGGGCUCUUAUCACUAAACUCCUGGUUCUGGAGUGCUGUUUUCCACAGUCGAGAUGUUGAUCUGACUGAGAAACUAGACUACUCAUCUGCAGUGAUUUUACUAGGAUACUCUCUCAUUUUAGCUAUCUUAAGAACCUUUAGUAUCAGGGACGAGGCUACCAGAGUAAUGGUUGCUGCUCCAUUGAUUGCUUUUGUGACCACCCAUGUAAUGUACAUAAAUUUCUAUGUACUAGAUUAUGGGUGGAAUAUGAUAGUUUGUGUAGUGAUGGCUGUGGCACAACUUGCCAUUUGGGCACUUUGGGCUGGUCUUAGUCACCAUUCUUCACGUUGGAAGCUCUGGGUGGUGGUUAUUGCUGGCGGCCUCGCAAUGCUCCUCGAAUUAUAUGAUUUCCCUCCAUAUCAAGGACUUUGGGAUGCACAUGCUCUUUGGCAUGCCACUACUGUUCCUCUAACCUACAUUUGGUGGAGUUUCAUCAGAGAUGAUGCCAAGUUUCAAACAUUUAAUUUUGUUAAGAAGGCCAAGUAGCUUCUUUUUCUACUCAUCUGACAGUAAUAUUAUGCUUUUACCCGCAACUAAGCCUGAGUGGAUUAUAUUUGACAGUGUAUUUGUGAGUACUCAUUUCCCUUUCUGUCAACGGUGUAGAUUUAGAUGCUGAGAAUUUUGUUUAUAUGUGGAUGAAAGAUGAAUUUGAGAUUGUUGACUGUUCUCUUCAAAAGGCCAAAAGAUCAAUUCAGGUUUCCUCCUUUGU